GAUCGGCUAUUGCAUUUGAAGGAGGUGAUUUUGUGAGUGUGAAGAAAAGAUUAGGGUUUUGUGUGCGUUUGUAUAGAGUAGAAGAAGAAGAAUUAGGGUUUUUGUGUGCAUAAAUACAGAGAGAAAGAGUAGAAGAAAUUUUGAUUGAGGGAAAAAAUGGGUAGUGAAGAGGAUUCGAUCGAGCAAAGCGUUGCCUCCCGUCGCGAGAGACUGCUAGCUCUCAGAGCCGCUCAGGAGUUGUCCAGUGCUCCCGAACCAAAGGACAACGACGAUGCCGAAGAAGAAGAAGAUCAACAACAAGAAAUGAAGUUUCGUAACUACGUUCCUCAUGACAAGAACCUCCAGGAAGGGAAGCUUGCCCCUGCGGUGCUCCCCAAGUUCGAAGACCCUGUCGAUGUGCCUCCACCCGAACCUCAGGCUCAGGAGGAUCCGUUUCUGAAUAUUGCUCCGAAGAAACCUAACUGGGACCUGCGGAGAGAUGUGCAGAAGAAGUUUGAUAAGCUGGAGAAGCGAACUCAGAAGGCUCUCUAUCAGCUCAUGGGUGAAGUCAGGUUGGAUACAUAGAUGACAUGAGACACGGUCACAGGAUGCCAUCUAGUGGAACAAGAGAAGCAAAAACAAUUGACUGAAGGAGAUGAUACAAAUGGCACAGCAGAGUAGAUUGCAUUUUGUUACGGAAACUGAAAGAUAUCGAAGCAAUAUUUUGAGAACUCCUGUUCCAUUUAAGCUUGUUAUUAACGCAUAAAGAAUAGGAAUCUGACACAGAUUUAGCAGUCUAUCGUGAAUUUCGUAUCAUUCACUUCUCUUUCCAUGAACAAGUUUGAGUAUAUUAGAUCUGUUUGUAGAGGUAAAUAUCCCUGCGAUUCUGAUAGUUGUAUCAAUUAGUUUAUACAUAACACUACUCAAAUAUGGGAGAUUUAAUUUAUUUUCCUCUUUUAUGUUC